AUGGCGGAUGGAGAGCCGCUCUAUCGCGCAGUGAUGGCCGAGACAGCGAGCAGCGGCGACAUGCUCUUGGUGUGGGAUGCUGAAGCACGCGAUAGGAUUUUCAACACUGUGGAGCUGCUGUUGGAAGCCGGAGCAGACCCCAAUCUUGGCACACGUCAGCUGGCCGGCGGCCUGAUCGUGGCGCCGUUAGACGAAGUGGUGAGCGGGGGGAUAAAGAGAAAGAGAUGGAUGCCAUCGGGAUUCCCAUACACACGGCCUGACUGAGUGCCAUGUUUGUGCAGGUGAUACUGCCGGAGCUGAAGGAUGUCGCCGUCCUCCUCAAAGCCAAUGGGGCUCAGCAUUCGGACGACUACUAUAACUACGGCGGUCACACCAAUCAUGCACGCUACGCCGCCCUUUUCACCCGAUGCAAAGCACAGAUUCGCGACAUGAACGCUUGGGUAAAAGAUGUGAGCUAUUGAAGUCACAAUAUGAUAAAUAUUGCUCUGAUGCCUACAUUUUUCUGCAGAGAACAGAGGCAUCCGCAACGAGUGCAGAAAGUCGUCGCCGCGAGGAAAUCAAGAAAGAGCUAGAGCGUCGAGACAAAGCUUUGGAAGCCGACUUGAAGACCCUCACUCGCGCAGUGCGCGCAGAAGCAGCUGAUGGACAAGUUUUCGUAUCGCCGGUUUUAUCCAGCCAACAAGGUCCCAGACGACUAUCAUUGCAAAUGUUCCUCCAAGACAACGUCAUGCUCAUCCUCCUGGGGGCCUUCGCGGCACGUAAGCAACAGCAGGCCUCUAAAAUCUCGCACCAUAUGAUGCGUAUCUCUCUCUCUGCCCCCAUUGUGUAUGUGCAGUGACCGACUGGUUCUCCUUCUGGGAGAUGAUCAUCGACGAGCCGUCCCAAUACACCGUUCCCCUCCUGUGCAAGCGGCUCCUUCUCGCAUCUGCCUCUGUCUCUACGGCUCUGCUCGUCCUCAAAUGGUGCCUGGAAUACGUCCAAAUGAAUGCCACACUGGUACGCAGUGGAUACGUCUUCAGGUGAGCAGUUUGCUGACGACUUGUGCCCUGCGGUUGCUCAGGUGCAGCGCAAAAAGGGAACCUCGGCCGACAUCGAGUUGGGCGAAUACUCCCAUCUCAUCGACUCGGGCGUGGACUCUCAGGCAGCGACCCCGCGAGGACCGUCUCCCACGGUACCCAUCAUCGCUCACUUCCACCGGCCCGACCCUCCUCGAUGGCUCAACGGGAUGAUCGCGGUGUUGGGCGGCACCUCUGUCCUCAAUGACAGCAUCGACUUCAUCAACAUCGUGAUGAUUCUUUGCGCCAUCAGCGACCCUCGAAGCCAUGCGACUGGAAUACUCAUCAGCAAUCUCUCCUUGAAUCUGCUGAAUGCUAUCGCCUCACCGUUCAAACCAAUGGACUUCGAAGCCUCGGAAGCGGGCAAGCGACAGCUAGCCAUGCACAGACCAAAGGAUCUGGGAGCUGCCGCUGGGCUCUUUGCGGUCAUUGGGCCCCUUGCGGUCUUGGGGGUGAUCGGUGCUCUUUGUGCUUAUUCGGGGUGGAGCUGGAUUGGGGGUUUCUUGUGGUGGUUUUCCGUCCUGCCGAUGCUUCCUUUUCUUGUUAUGGUAUUUCUUUUCGUUAUCUUCGUUUCGUGCUUGGGUUGCUUGAAGUGCUGCUUAACGGCAGGACGGUGCCGCUUCCCAUCAGCAGAGUGGAGGGAGUUUCUUCGGAUAUCUCUCCCCCCCGACUACAGCCGAAAGGGGCUUUUGCAUGUGCUAAUUGCAGAGCUUGUUUACACAACCAGCAGCUGGAUCACCUUCUUUACGAUUGCGGUCUUCAGCGAGAGGUUCCCGACAUGGCUUUGGCGCCUUUACUUUCUCUGCCCCGCGACAGAGACCCUCAUCCUUUGUCCAAUGGCAUCCGUUCUCAUGGAGCUUGA